UGGUUCUCCACCGCGGUCCUGUAUGCAGCUUACCUGGGGCUGGGAAUGAGUUUGGCUAUACUGGGACCCACAUUUCAAGACCUGGCAGAGAAUGUGAACAGAAAUAUCAGCAGUCUGUCUCUUAUAUUUGUGGGCCGUGCCUCUGGGGUAUUGUGUGGCACCAUGAUUGGUGGGGUUCUGUUUGACCACAUGAAUCAGUACUUUCUCUUGGGAGUGUCAAUGAUGGCAAUGGCAGUCGGCCUUUAUCUCAUCCCUUUCUGCAAGACAGCAGUCUUACUGAUCAUUACCAUGUCUGUGUUCGGGGCUUCCAUUGGUGCCGUGGAUACAGGUGCAAAUGUCCUCAUCUUGGCUCUUUGGGGGGAUGAAGGAGCCCCACACAUGCAGGCCUUGCACUUCAGUUUUGCCUUGGGUGCUGUCCUGGCUCCCCUGCUGGCUAAAUUGGCCUGGGGAACAUCAGCAUCUACUCAGAACCACACAGAGCCCUACUUUGACCCUCUAAUGCUGAACCAAUCCUCUGAAGCCACCUCAGACUUUCUGUUUGCAGUACCUGAGAACAUGAACCUGCUGUGGGCAUAUACUUCCAUCGGCACCUAUGCUUUAGUAGUUUCUGUCUUUCUGUGUGGUCUGUUUUGUAUUAAAUGCUCAAGGCAGAAAAAAUCCACAGCAUCUGCUCAGAGCACUCGAAGAGCUAAAUAUCACAGGGCCCUGCUCUGUCUCCUCUUCCUCUUCUUCUUCUUUUAUGUUGGAGCCGAGGUGACAUUUGGCUCUUACAUAUUCUCCUUCGCCACCACCCAUGUUGGCAUGGAAGAAAGUGAAGCAGCCGUCUUGAACUCCAUCUUCUGGGGGACCUUUGCUGCCUGCAGGGGCCUGGCCAUCUUCUUUGCAACAGCCCUACAGCCUGGAACCAUGAUUGUGUUGAGCAACAUCGGCAGCCUUGUCUCAUCUUUCUUUCUGGUGCUUUUUGACAAGAGCCCUCUUUGUCUCUGGAUCGCAACUUCUGUGUAUGGAGCCUCAAUGGCAACCACAUUUCCCAGUGGAAUUUCCUGGAUUGAGCAGUACACUACCUUAACAGGGAAAUCUGCAGCAUCCUUUGUCAUUGGUGCUGCUUUGGGAGAUAUGGCGAUGCCUGCAGUAAUUGGAAUUCUUCAAGGACACUACCCAGAUCUGCCAGUCGUUCUGUACACCUGUCUGGGGUCAGCCAUAUUCACUGCUGUUUUAUUUCCUAUGAUGUAUAAAUUAGCCACCUUGCCCCUGGAACGCCAGCACAAAGGAAAAAGAAAACAUGAGGACCAGAAAGCAUUGUCCACUAGUUCUCGGCUAUGA